AUGGAGAGGUAUGACGGCACCCGAGACGGUUCUGUGAGGACAUCGAUUGCAAUAUCUUCAAUCGAGGCCAGUGACUGGCAGGGGUUGCCUCACGGCUUCAAGUUCGAAGAACGGAGUCCGUCCCCCGAAAAGGCCAAGUUUGACGAAAAUCUGGACGCCCUCAUUGAAGAGCUCGAAUCACACAAUGGUCACCUGGAGGAAGAACAAGAUCCAGCCGACGAGUCAAGCAGCUGUAGUCAUGUUCCUCUUGAAGAGUUACAAACAAAUACGCACACAGGUCUGACCGACACAGAAGUCGCUUCACGGAGAAAAAAGUAUGGACUGAAUCAAAUGAGAAAGGAGGAAAAGCAACUCCCGAUAGUGAAAUUCCUCAUGUUCUUCGUCGGUCCCAUUCAAUUUGUGAUGGAAGCUGCAGCGGUUCUGGCGGCCGGUCUCCAAGACUGGGUCGAUCUGGGUGUUAUCUGUGGACUGCUGCUUCUAAAUGCAGUUGUCGGCUUCGUACAAGAAUACCAAGCUGGUUCAAUCGUCGACGAACUCAAGAAAACCCUGGCUUUGAAGGCGGCAGUAUUCAGAAAUAGUCGUGUGGUAGAGGUCGCAGCCUCAGAAGUUGUUCCUGGCGAUAUCAUACAUAUAGAAGAGGGUACCAUUAUCCCAGCUGAUGGCAAAAUCAUGACCGAAGGCGCAUUCAUACAAAUCGAUCAAUCUGCGAUCACUGGCGAAUCCUUUGCCGUUGACAAAUAUUUCGGAGAUACGUGUUAUGCUUCUUCUGCUGUUAAACGAGGUGAGACAUUCUUGUUGGUUACGGCGACUGGCGAUAGCACUUUUGUAGGCCGUGCAGCUGCACUGGUCAACUCUGCUUCUUCCGGCGGUGGUCACUUUACAGAAGUGCUAAAUAGAAUUGGAGCGACUCUGCUUGCAUCUGUCAUUUGGACCAUCAUGUCCGUUUGGGUUGCUUCAUUCUUCAGAUCAGUUGAGAUCAUCAGAAUCCUCGAAUUUACACUGAGUAUUACUAUCAUUGGUGUCCCGGUCGGUCUUCCUGCAGUUGUUACAACCACAAUGGCAGUUGGGGCUGCAUAUUUGGCAAAGAGAAAGGCCAUCGUACAGAAGCUAUCAGCUAUCGAAUCACUCGCAGGGGUCGAAAUCCUCUGCUCGGACAAGACCGGUACUUUGACGAAGAACAAACUGUCCUUGGAAGAGCCAUAUACCGUCCCUGGUGUUGAUCGAGAGGACCUCAUGCUAACUGCCUGUUUGGCGGCUGGACGAAAGAAGAAAGGUCUUGAUGCCAUCGACAAAGCCUUCUUGAAGAGCCUCCAUCAUUAUCCUUACACCAAGAGCCGUCUAUCUCAAUACCAUGUUCUCGAAUUCCAUCCUUUUGAUUCCGUAUCCAAAAAAGUCACUGCGGUUGUCCGGUCACCAGGAGGAAAUAAAAUGACCUGCGUCAAAGGUGCACCUCUUUUUGUCUUGAAGACAGUUGAGGAAGACCAUCCCGUUCCAGAAGCCAUUGAUGCUGCAUAUAAGGGCAAGGUCGCUGAAUUUGCUGCACGUGGUUUUCGUUCUCUGGGAAUCGCUAGAAAGUAUGAAGGUCAUCCCUGGGAAAUUUUGGGUAUCAUGCCUUGCUCGGACCCUCCUCGUUAUGAUACAUUCAAGACCAUCAGCGAAGCCAAAACUCUUGGCCUCUCAGUCAAGAUGUUGACCGGCGAUGCAGUGGGUAUAGCUCGCGAAACAUCACGACAGCUAGGCCUAGGCACGAAUGUCUACAAUGCAGAAAGAUUGGGUCUCGGCGGUGGGGGAGAUAUGCCUGGCUCUGAAGUCUAUGAUUUCGUCGAAGCGGCGGAUGGCUUUGCUGAAGUAUUCCCUGAACAUAAGUACGCGGUUGUCGACAUUCUGCAAAAGCGAGGGUAUCUUGUUGCCAUGACGGGUGACGGUGUUAAUGAUGCACCAUCUUUGAAAAAAGCAGACACAGGUAUUGCGGUAGAGGGGUCGUCAGACGCUGCCCGUUCAGCUGCAGAUAUUGUUUUUCUCGCUCCUGGCCUAUCAGCAAUCAUCGAUGCACUCAAGAUCUCACGUCAAAUAUUCCAUCGUAUGUACGCAUAUGUGGUUUAUCGAAUCGCUUUAUCACUGCAUCUAGAAUUCUUCUUUGGGGCUUGGAUUGCCUUUUACAAUGAGAGCCUCAAUCUUCAACUGGUUGUCUUCAUUGCAAUUUUCGCAGAUAUUGCGACACUAGCAAUCGCGUAUGACAAUGCACCAUAUUCAAGAACUCCAGUCAAAUGGAAUCUUCCAAGGCUAUGGGGCAUGUCAAUUAUCCUUGGACUAGUCUUGUUCUCUGGGUCAUGGAUUACAUUGAGCACCAUGCUAGUGGGAGGAAAGAACGGAGGUAUUAUUCAAGGAUAUGGUGAACGUGAUUCUGUCUUGUUCCUGGAAAUUGCUUUGACGGAGAAUUGGCUGAUCUUUAUCACGCGUGCGAAUGGCCCUUUCUGGUCGUCGCUCCCAUCCUGGCAACUAGUUUUAGCAGUACUAUUUGUCGACGUCAUCGCCACUAUCUUCUGCGUAUUUGGUUGGUUUGUGGCUGGACCGACAUCGAUCCUUGCUGUGGUUCGUGUAUGGGUCUUUUCUUUCGGGGUGUUUUGCGUGAUGGGUGGCAUCUUCUAUCUCCUCCAAGGUUCUACUGGCUUUGACAAUUUGAUGCAUGGUAGAAGCCCGCGAGCAAGUCCGAGGCAACGAUCUCUAGAAGAUUUUGUUGUUUCAUUGCAACGAGUAUCAACCAUACACGAAAAGAGCCCAUGA